CUAAAACCACUCUUCAUCUUGUUGGAGCCGACGAGAAGGGGAAGGAAAACACAGAGAGGAGAAGAAAUCGACAAUGGUGAAGUUCCUCAAGCAGAACAAAGCCGUGAUCAUCCUUCAAGGCCGUUAUGCCGGCCGGAAGGCGGUCAUUAUUCGUGCGUUCGAUGACGGAACGCGUGAUAGGGCUUAUGGCCACUGCUUGGUUGCCGGGAUAAAAAAGUAUCCGGCGAAAGUCAUCCGAAAGGACUCCUCCAAGAAGACUGCUAAGAAAUCCCGUGUCAAGGCCUUUAUCAAGCUCGUCAAUUACAGGCACCUGAUGCCUACCAGGUAUACUCUCGAUGUCGAUCUUAAAGACGUUGUCACUAUCGAUUCAUUGCAAUCCAAGGACAAGAAGGUCACUGCUGCUAAGGAGACCAAGAAGAGGUUUGAGGAAAGGUUCAAAACCGGGAAGAACAGGUGGUUUUUCACCAAACUCAGGUUCUGAAGAGAUUUAUCUGGUUUGUUAUGUUGUGGAUUUAUUCUGGAUUCUCAAGUAUUCGUACUUCGUUUUGUUUUUAUAAACAGAGUAGUUUAUUUGGACCUACCUUUUUCAAUGAACGUACUCUAAUCGUUUGGAUGAGAAAUUUUCAGCGUUUGUAAAGCUACUGAUAAAUCAGUUAUUCUUAUAUGUCAAAUUAAUUUAGUUCAAGUGUCUAGCUUCUUUG